AUGCAAAGAAGAGUCGCAUACUACGAAACAUGGGCAGAUACUCGAAGUUGUGAUAAAUUCAAGCCCGAAGAUAUUCCAAUACAUGCCAUUACUCAUCUCAAUGUCGCAUUUGGGACACUUGGAGCAGACUUCAAGAUUGGGGCGGAAGAUGAAUCUAUGAUCCGCCGAAUUACAAAGUUGAAAAUGCAGAACCGAGCACUGACAAUCUUUAUAUCCCUUGGAGGCUGGGUUUUCAAUGACCCUGGACCGACUAGGACCCGAUUUUCUGACAUGGCGGCAUCACCUUCAAGUCGAACAACGUUCAUCGAUAGUGUCAUGGACUUUUUAGAAAAGUACGGACUUGAUGGUAUUGAUAUCGAUUGGGAGUAUCCUGAGGCAGACGAUCGUGGCGGUAUUAAGGCAGACUAUGAUAACUAUCCCCUCCUCAUCAGCAAUAUGAGAUCCUCGUUCGACAAGCGUGAUCCUUCAUGGGGUAUUUCUAUGGCAAUUCCAGCAUCGUAUUGGUACCUUCAGCAUUUCGACGUCAAGGCUCUCCAACGAAGCCUUAGCUGGUUCAAUCUGAUGUCUUAUGACAUGCACGGUAAAUGGGAUCAAUUCAACGAAUACACCGGGCCAUGGGUCUUUGGCCAUACGAACUUAACAGAAAUAGAAAGUGCGCUAGACCUGCUCCGGCGUAAUGACAUCGACCUCAAAAAUGUCAACCUAGGGAUAGGGUUCUAUGGCCGAACAUACACCCUAGUUGACUCCCACUGCACGGAUCCCGGAUGUGAAUUUAAUAAUCCUGGUUUGGCUGGUGACUGCUCUGGCGAAGCAGGAAUUCUUACUUUUCGAGAAAUUGACAGGCGAAUCCACAGGCUCAACCAGCAUGAAUUCUAUUACGAUAAAGCAACCAGCAGUAAGUGGAUGGUCUACGAUGCCAACCAAUGGAUAUCAUAUGAUGAUGCUCAAAGCUUUUCUGAGAAACGCACUUUUAUGGACACUCGAUGUCUUGGUGGAGUAAUGAUAUGGGCGAUAGACCAAGAUACCGAGGACUUCCAAGCUCUCAGCGGUCUCUUAGGUGAUGGAUUUGUAACUGAUGCUCUUAUUGAAGGCGGCACAAUGAGCGAUGAAGAGAAAGAAUCCCUGGCUCGUGAAUUGAGCGGUCUAUCUGGCGAUGGAUGCUACGUCAGUCUCGGGUGCAGUGGUGAAGGUGUGACCGACACCGUAUAUUCUUCAUGCAACAAGGGCUAUGUUCCCACCGAAAGAGUUCAUAGUCCAGGCGGUUCUGAUAUUAACAACUAUGGGCCACUGAAUCACGAAACCCGAUAUUGCGAAGUGGGUCAGUGGAAGACUGUGUGCUGCUUAGCUACCAGCCCGGCACAAAACUGCAAAUGGAGAGGUGGGCCUGAAAGAAGCUCGAUGUAUUGCGAUGGUGGACUAGGGGACACGACUUGCGGGCCAGAUCAGUUCGAGCUGGUUACAGAUAAAUUCACAAGUGCGGAAGGUGGAGCGAUAUGUGCGAGCGGUCUCAGGUCUCUCUGCUGUGAUGGGAUUCCAGAAACCGAUAAAUGUCGAUGGACUGGUUGUUCUACAACACUAGACUGUGAUUUCGAGACUGAAGAAAUAGUUGCGACUCGUGGAGAUUUAGAUGGCGGUCGUCCUUGCGCCAAUGGUAAUUACAGGACUUACUGCUGUCCAAAACCAUCCUUGAGUGCUGGUGGUCCUAGAGCUAAUCGUUACAAGAACUGCGUUUGGAGUCCUAAAGUACCAACUGUUGCUCAAACCCAGACCGACCUCCCGUGGGCAUAUUUACCUGACUGUAACAUGGGAACCUCUUGCCCUAAAACACAAAUUACCAUGACCAAGGCUAGGAUGCCAGACCGUUAUCCGCCCCAACCGGGAUACUGCCAAUGGGUUGCUCCUGGUCUUGAACAUAGACUGUGUUGUGACCCACCAAGAAACGUGCAGCUUCCCUUUCGCCCAGCUGAUAUUUUUGCAGAUUCUCAUGGUGGGGAUGACCUGUACAUAUACAAGGACAACUACGGCAAUAAUGAUAGGGAUCCACAUGGACCUGACGAGCAAGAUUAUGGGGAUGACCCCUAUGGGUUUAUCCUCUUAGACGGCGCUGAAGAUGCAUUACAAGGAAGUUUUCCUCGCAACUACAUCUUUGUGCACGAUGAAGACGGAUCUGGGUUGCCCCUCAAAACGAGGGACACCUUCAUGUCCAAUGAUCCACACUUGAUGAGUUCUACCUUCGAACAUGAAGAGUCUUGGCAUUAUGUCUAUUGCCACCCAGGAAGGGAUUCGGAGUGUAGCAAAGUGUUCAUCGAUGGCGCUCAGGAUACGAUCAUCACUCUCCCUCGGCAUAUCGGAUCUGGACCUUACGCUAGAAUUGUAAGCAUGGAAUUGGUGGAUCAUAAUGUUCUUCCCGAUUACCAUUUGGGGAAGAGAGCGCUGGAGAAAGACCAUUCCCAAGUAUAUAAGUUGGUGUUUGACUACGCAUUUGACCGCAUUAAGAGAUCGACAUCAGUCAAUAUUCGGGUUGAUUACACAAACAUGGUCGACUACUGGGACAAAAUGACUGGGUUGGAGUCCGGCAGGGGCUCUGGUGUGUCUAGGAGGAGUGAGAAGCGGUACUGGGGAGAAUUCGUAGCCUGGAUCAAAAGGUUUAAUGAGGUUAAACUCUCAGACAUGGGCAACCUUCCAAUGAAAAUAAAGAAAUCAAUCCUUCUCUACCGAUAUAGGGUAGGCUGUCCGCGUGGAACAAGUGUUCUAAAGGCUGGGCUCGAUAUCACAGCUAAUACUGACAUGAAUAUGAAUGCUCGUUGGGCCUACUAUGUCUCGGGAACUAUUGUCCCGCUUGACAUUCAUAGAACAUACGCUUAUUUCGGCGUUCAACCUACAGCACAGCUGACGAUAGAGCUGAAGGGAAGUGCUGAAAUGACGUAUCACAGUAAGCCUAUCAAGUUGAUUGACACCUUGGCCUGGCCGGGUCUAGCCAUCAAAGGAAUCGCGGCCAUUGGUCCAACAGUCGAUCUUUGGGGACAGAUGAAUUCCACCAUUACAGUUUCAGGUGAAAUGAGGGCUGGAGCCAAGGUCGACUUUCCUCAAUACGAACUUUUCUUCCCCCAGAAUGACGAAUCCGAAGAGUUCCAGAAGUGGCUGGAGCCAAACAAGCAACAAGAACAACAAUCAGUCCUAACACCAAUCCUUGAUGCUUCGGUUACCGCCCACGUGGGUCUCGAUUUGACUAUUACUCCAGAGGUAAACUUGGGAAUCUCCGUGGGAUUGAAAUCUGGAACCAAAGUUGUUGAUGCCCAGAUUGUGGCCUUUGUAAAUAACACGCUUAGUUUUAAUGUUGAGGCUCAAGCACAGGGAGGGAUUGAUAAUGGCGGACACGCGAGUGCAAGCUACAAGAUUUGGAUUGAUUAUUUCUAUAAUUUUGGCAUCGGCGGCCACGCAACAUUUGUGAGCUUUUUCAAGACAGCUCUCAAACCACGAACACUAUGGGAUGGCAAAGGCCAAUCAAUCCGCCUAUGGGAGCAUGAAGGUUCGGUGAGUACCGGCACGCCGCCUCGAUCGCUCACAGGGUCCACAUACUGGAAUGACACAUUGGGUGAACCCAUAGGCUUAAAUGACAAUUGGUUCCGAGAUGAGGAAGCAAAUUUCGAAUCCUCAGGACUACUUUCCAAGAGACUUUCAUUAUCGGAUAUCUCGGCUUUCGGAAAGGGAUUACUGCAAUGUAACGACGGCGGUGCCUGUUCAGCAGGUAAAUGCAAUGGCGACGCCUGUGAGAUAAGUACUCAACCGGAGGGUACCAAAAAGCGAGCAGACGACCCUGACGACCCUAUGGAUAUCGAUAUCGAUCACUGCAUCACCGCCAUGCCCGCCAUCAUGUAUAACUGCAAAUAUUUCCCUGACCGGUCAUUGCGCCGCACAGCUGGUGGACCUGAUAAAGUCUUCCCUGGGAUCUGUCGUAAUAUCCUCGACCACUUCGCCAACGCUGGGCUCGGAUCAGGGCCAAUGAUGCUCUCUUAUGAUGGAAGUAGCGGUAAUGAUGCUAAUCGAGACGCUAUGUGUGGUUCAAACGUCUUACCCUAUACGGAAAACGACGGUAACGGCAACCCCAUCCAGAAAAUGCAAUCUUGGCGAGCAUUCUGUCAGAAAGACUCUGAUGAAUUUUCUGACGCGCAAGGAGGGCCACGAAUUAAACACGGAAAUGAGAAUUGGUCGUCUUGUGACGAGUUUCCGUUCAAUAGCGUUGAUCAGGGAGGUGUCGGGGUUAGGGCUUGCGUACCAGGAUAUCAGCAACAAAUCCAAGGAACCUGUAACGGCUUGUUCAAAUUCAUCGAUCAGAACAUUCCUCUAGUCCCCAGCAUUCCAAACUGGAGACGAUGGGAUGCAAACUGGAAAGGAGCAGCCCGACCAGGCGGCUGGAACAACGCAAAUCCGAAAACCAAAGACUUCACCUUUCACCUCUUUUCUUCCGAUGGCACAACAAUCCCAGGGAGAAACUCUGCUUACCAAAUCUUCGACCACGUUCUCGUUGCGGAUCCGCAGAUUCCAGGUCUCGAAACUGACAUCUCUCUCGUCAUUGCAGCAGUGAACCUUGGGGGUAAUCCAACAUACAGAAUCACGAGGAACAAUGGCAACAAUGCUUAUUGCGACUCGGGAUUCGCAUUAAACUCGGCGAGUUGGGGAAAUUAUGUCAGCGCGAAAGGUUGUAAAGUAAAGUUCGAUACUCAGGCCGCUUCCACCAAAUUAAAGCGUGGAAUCCAGCCCAGUACUGAUGAUAUGGUCAAGAUCACCUCUGUUGAACUUGAUCCUGCGGCCCCUGAGCAGUGGAUUCGCGUUAGUGGCCCAGGCGAAUCGAUGGACGACCAGCAAGGAACCGCGGGGAAGGGAAUUAAGAAGGAAAAGGCAUUCGUUGUUUCACAGACACCAUAA